CUAUGUCGCCACUUAGCCCAUCCCUAUCACACACGUAGUGUCAAAAAAGUUGGCCAAAAAACCCCAAUGAAACGCCAAAUUGUGUGUUAAAUCAAUAAAAAGCGUGUAGACCUGCUGUUUCUGUGGCUGAUUUUGGUGCUGUGCGUGUGUGACAGCGAUAGGGAAACCCCGAUUACAGAAACCUUCGACUUGGGCCAACCACCGCCCCCGGAAAUCAUGGAGAGCAUGGGGUUGGAGGAGAAGGCGGUGUACGAUGAUAUGAACCUGUACAUCACGCCGGAGAGCUUCAUCAUCGAGCCGAACGGAGGGCCGGAGGUGCUGGUAAUCGGGCGCCACGACAAGGUCACCCGGGUUCAGCCAGCGGGCGGAGGUCAUUUGGCCAACUUGCGGCCCACCAGGAGGAUUUGCGGGGUGCUGGGCACCAUCCACUUGCUGAGCUGCGAUUACCUUCUAGUGGCCACCCACCGCCUCUUCGUGGGCGUGCUCAAUGGCGCCGUCGUGUGGAGAUUAGCCGGCUAUGACAUCAUACCCUACAUUCCCAAUGCCAUCCAGCGCAAGGAGAACGAGACGUACUUGCGCCUCCUCCGCCAGACACUGGACACCAAGUACUUUUACUUCUCCUACCGCUACGACCUCACCAACUCGCUCCAGCGGCAGCGGGAGGUGGCGGCCCAAUCACGGCCAGAACAGCCUGGGUUGCUGCAGCGGGCUGAGCAGCGAUUCGUUUGGAAUGGCUAUGUGCUGCGGCAGUUCAACUGCGACAAGAUGGAGAAGUUUCAACUGCCCCUCGUCCUGGGCUUCGUGUCCAUAAACCAGGUGCAAAUCAACGGGCAGACCUUCUUCUGGAGCAUCGUCACCAGGCGUUCUGUGCAGCGUGCGGGCACUCGACUCUUCUGCCGCGGCAGCGACGAGCAGGGUCAUGUGGCCAACUUUGUGGAGACCGAGCAGAUUGUGGAGUUCAAUGGCCAGCUCACGGGAUUCGUGCAGACGCGCGGCAGCAUGCCCUUCCACUGGCACCAGCUGCCCAACCUGCGGUACAAGCCGCGACCCGUUCUGGUGCCUGGCAAGGAUCAUCUGGCCGCCUGCACCCUCCACUUCAACGAACAAAUCAAGCUGUACGGCAACAAUGUGGCUGUGAAUCUGGUGGAUCACAAGGGCGCCGAGGGUGAGCUGGAGGCGACUUACGCCCGUCUGGUUCGAGAAAUGGGCAACCAGAGAGUGCGUUAUGAGUCCUUCGACUUCCAUAGCGAGUGCCGCAAGAUGCGCUGGGACCGGCUGAACAUACUCAUCGAUCGGUUGGCCCACGAGCAGGACCAAUUCGGUGUCUAUCAUGUCUUCGACGACGGCAAGCUGGUGUCCACGCAGACGGGCGUCUUCCGAACAAAUUGCAUUGAUUGUCUGGACAGGACGAAUGUAGUGCAGAGCAUGCUGGCCCGGAGAUCCCUAACGGCGGUGCUCCAGAAGCUGGGAGUGCUGCAUGUUGGCCAGCGAGUGGAACAGGCCUCUGCAAUAUUCGAGAGCACUUUCAAGGGCGUCUGGGCGGACAAUGCGGACCUGGUGUCGCUGCAAUACUCCGGCACGUGUGCGCUCAAGACGGACUUCACCAGGACGGGCAAGAGGACGAAGGCUGGUGCUCUGCAGGACGGCAAGAACUCGCUGAUGCGCUACUAUCUGAACAACUUUGCCGAUGGCCAGCGGCAGGAUAGCAUCGACUUGUUCCUCGGCAAGUAUCUGAUCAACGACAACGAGGGCGGUGCCGUGCCAUCGCCGCUGGAAUCGAAGCGGGGCUGGCGGUUCUUCACCUUCCCCUCGGUUCUGCUGAUGGCCGUGGCCAUGUUCAUGAUCACGAUGACCUACCCGGCCGAGUUCAACACGGAGAACCUGCUGUUCAUGCUCUUCUGGGGAGCCAUGAUUGCCGUCAGUGCCACGGGAAUCCUGCACUACGGCAUCGAGUUCGUGCAGUGGCCGCGGCUUUUUCCGCCCAUCUCCUUUCGAGACCCAUGACGUUAGUGUCGUCUAGCAGAGUCACUGGGACCUACCUCUGCAGCUUCAAAAAGUCACAUUGCUCCAAGGAAAUAUCUUGUAAACCAAUUCCUGUAAUCGAUUUCAACUCCUAUCAAUUUCUGUUUGUUUUAUUGUGUUCUUGUUUAGUUGUAAAGCCCAAAGUCCAUUCCUUUCUGCAACAUGUUAGUUAUUAUUACACAAUACUUAGGCGAGCUUCAGGCGGCUUGAAACGGAAAUGGAUGGGUUUUUGGAUGGGAGGGAUUGGAGUUGUCAGGCGCCGCUAAUUAACUGCGAUUAAAUGCAAUGUAGAUCAA